GGGUUCGCUGACGCCAGCUGACGGGCACUGGGCUCCGGCUGGGGAGAGAGAAUAAAAGCUGGACGGAGUCUGCGUCUCAUCCCAAACACCUUGAGUCUCACACCCCGACCGACCUUGUGCAGCUGAAUCCAGAGACGAGCCGCCGGCAGUACAAGUCGCAUCCAAGAUGCAGAAGUGCCUCGGGAUUCUCUGCGUGUCGCUCAUCCUCUGCGCAACUCUGUCCGAGACCCUCGGGCUGGUCCUCGCGGCAAAGGAGAAGCGGGGCUGGACUCUGAACAGUGCUGGCUAUCUGUUAGGUCCCCGUCGUAUUGAUCACCUAAUUCAGAUAAAGGAUUCUCCCAGUGCCAGAGGCAGAGACGAGCUGGUCACUCAAUAUGGAAUAGAUGGACACAGGACAUUGGGAGACAAGCCGGGUCUGGCUGGCAAGAGAGACAUGGAGGAGGACUACAGAACAGGUGCCCUAAGAAUAGCAGAUGAAGACAUCAUCCACACCAUCAUUAACUUCCUGUCAUACCUCAAACUUAAAGAGAUGGGAGCAUUGGACAGCCUGCCCUCCUCUGUGACAUCAGAUGAACUGGCCAACCGCUAAUAUGUCUACCUCCCUGCUGCUCACCUCCCCAAACACUCUGACUCCUACUACCCUAAAGAUCACCUUACUGUAGCUCUAUUCACACUCUGACAUUGGAUUUGCCUUGUACCAAAGAUCUGAUUCUUUAACUCUUUGUGACGGAGAUUGAUUUUCCAUCAAUACCAAUAUCAGAUCUUUCUGCUUCUGUGUAAAUAAAACUUGAUCUCCACUGUAGAUCGCCAUUGUGUUUGCUGACUUAGGUGCAACUAAGUAACUGGGACCUCUGAUCAGAAACCAACUCUGUACAAUUAUCUAAAUAUUCUGUCAUCUGAUUUAAGAGAAUGGAGUCAAAUAAAAAAAUGUAUGGCACUUGA